AUGGCACAUCCCCUGGAGAAGUCCCUGGAUGUGAUGGUGUCCACAUUCCACAAGUACUCAGGCAAGGAGGGUGACAAGUUCAAACUCAACAAGUCGGAGCUAAAGGAGCUGUUGACCAGGGAGCUUCCCAGCUUCUUGGGGAAAAGAAGAGAUGAAGCUGCAUUCCAGAAGUUGAUGAGCAACUUGGACAGCAACAAGGACAAUGAAGUGGACUUCCAGGAGUACUGCGUCUUCUUGUCCUGCAUUGCCAUGAUGUGUAAUGAAUUCUUCGAAGGCUUCCCUGAUAAGCAGCCCCGCAAGAAAUGA